CAUGUGACUGUGCUCUGUGUUGUAGCUGCACAUCGUGGACGGAGCUCUGCUGCGCUCCAACCCUGCACUUGUGAUGGAGGGAAUCCAGAGAUUCCUCGGGGUCACUCCCAUCUUCAACUACACCCAGGCUCUAAUGUACGAUGACAGCAAAGGUUUCUGGUGUCAGCGUGAGGGAGGUCGAGCCAAAUGUCUGGGGAAGAGUAAAGGCAGGAAGUACCCGGAGAUGAGUCCUGAGUCCCGUACCUUCCUGAAUGAAUACUACCGCGAGCACAACAUGGAGCUGCUGCGUCUGCUGAAUCGGUUGGGCCACCCACUGCCGUCCUGGCUUCGCCAAGAACUCCAAAGCACGAGCUGGAGCUGAGGCCAGCUCUCACACACAAACACACAGACACGCGACAGGAAGGCUGGGACUAGUGCCCGGACGAACCCAACACUCGACUCUGGAUGAAACUGGAGUCCCUGAUCUGGAAACAGCAGAAGUUCAAUGUGAAGGUUUCUGCUGCUCACCGGAGAGGAGACAGUUCAGAUUGUGGCUCUGCAGAGGACCCCAGAGGACAGCUUUAGUGGCACUGGGUCGUGUGUGUGUGUGUGUGUGUGUGUGUGUGUGUGUGUGUGUGUGUGUGUGUGUGUGUGUGUGUGUGUGUGUGUGUGUGUGUGUGUGUGUGUGUGUGUGUGUGUGUGUGUGUGUGUGUGUGUGUGUGUGUCCACAGACACUCACCUUAAUGUGAGUCUUAUUGUGUAUGACCCGUUACAGACACACACACACAUCUACCUGCAGGUUCCUGUCCUCUGCACACAUUUAAAGUGGGUGAAGCUGUGUGAUGACAGGUGGAUGUAAAUAACAUGUGGUGGAUGUUCUGCAGGCUUCGCCCACACUGUCAGCCAGUAGCUGUCUCACUGUCCUCUCACUGAGCUAAAGGUCCUGACUGAUGGUGGACUGCUCUCUAUGUCGGCUAAAGUCUCCAUUUAAUCUCCAGCUUUUGUAUGUAAGAUUGAUUAAAUAUGAGUUGUUAACCUAAUUAGCAUAGAUGAUGAAGAGUAUAUAUACUUGUGGCGCAGUGGGUUUUGCGUUGGUGUUGGGAUCAGGGUUCAAACCCCACUGCAGUCAGCAUGUCGUUGUGUC